AUGGAUCUGUAUGUAAAUGAAAAAGAUUUUAGCUUCGGAACCAAAGAUCCAGCGUCGAUGCAUGCAGAAGUUGAAGAUCGUAAAACUGAGGAUUUGAAACAACAAAUUGAGAGCUACUGUAUCUACUCAAAAGAUCACGAGCUUAGUUGGGUUGUCGAGCCAUACAAGGUCGAAAUAGAAGGCAUAAAUGCAGAAACUGGAUCCACCGAGUACCAGACGUACACAGGGAUGCUCCACACACUGAGAUACGUACAAAGACAGGAUCAAUGGGCCUCUGACGGUGUAAUUUAUCGCCAAGAACCAACAAUGAUGGACGAGAUGAAGUAUCAGCCGCCACAGGUCUUUGACAUACGGGAAAACGAGGACCAAGAGCCGAUUGAUGAGAUAUUUUGCGACUUUGGAAGCGAUUUGUCAACAGAAGUUGACGAAGUUUGGGUCAUGGACCGAGAAGUGAAAGCUGGCUACGAGUCCAGUUGCGACUGUCCAUCUGAAAACCUCAACGAUGAUGAAAAUGUAACGAUAAAGGAGCUACUCGCCUUCAUAGAUGCAAAUAAUGGACAGGUGUAG